GAAAACCAACUGACCAAGAAGAAACUCUCCUCCUGAUCACAGAAUUAUAUGCAAGCCUCGUCGUCGACGCGCCCCCUGGCUCCCUCCUGCGUGGCGUGCGGCCUCCUGGCGCCAUGCCGGAGAGCGCUCGCGCGCCUCUUCCGCAUCCCGGCGUCCGCCGCGCUCUCCGUCAGGGCCUUCCGCUUCCGCACCCUCCGCAGGGCCGCCUCCAAGAUGAGCCCGCGCCGCCACCGCCACUGCCGCCACCCACGACGACGCACGUUCCGGUCGGUCCGCGCGGUGUUCUGGCCGCUCGUCCCGCCGCCAGCUACCACUACUGCGUCCUCCACUGAUCAGGGCGAGAGCGCCGCCGGCGCCACCGCGCGGAGCGUGGUAGCACCGGAGGAGGAGGCGGCGGCGGAGGAGGAAGAAGCGGCGACCGUGCUCGCGCCAGUGCCGUCGCCGGAGACGCCGGCGUACGUGAAGAUGGUGGCGCGGCUGCGGUCGAGGAGGAGACGCGGGGAGGAGGAGGAGGGGCCGUGCCGGAGCUUCGAGGAGCGGCUGAUGGAGAUGCUGCUGGAGGAGGGGAAGGUCCGGGACCAGCAGGACGUGGAGGAGCUCCUCCGGUGCUGGGAGCGGCUCAAGUCGCCGGUGUUCGUCGAGCUCGUCUGCAGGUUCUACGGCGAGCUGUGCAAGGAUCUCUUCUCUCCCGGCGAAGAAGACGGCGGCGACGAGGGCGCCUCGUCCACAACCACAAUCACACCGGCUGGCGACUCUAGUUAGGGUGAUAUGAGAGUGAUCAUAUUGAUGGUGAUGAACUGAUGAUACAUCAUAUACCACCUUGUAUUUAUUAUUACUAGAAAAAAGGUCGUGCGUUACAACAGGUGAAAGCUAUUUUAAUAUUAUUAUUGUUAUAUGAUUUAGUUAAGAUGAAAUUCACUGUAUGAAUACGCUUGGAUAUAUAUAUUUUUAGAAAAUCAUGAGCUACCGUUAA